AUGGACCGUGCCACAACCGAUAGUGCGGACACAUGGGGAAAAAGCCCCACGGUAGCAACGUCCCCGAGUAGUAGAAGCAGCACACUCGAACUCGCCUCCGGCAACAGUACAAAGGAAGUUACUAAUGACAUCGUGCUCUUGCAACCCACUUUUUUGGAGCUCGCAUACAGCACGACUGAAAGUGCGAACUUAGGUCCGGCCGAGGAUUCCAAAAGUACGCAAAAGAAGGAUAAAAAAGAAAAACGUACGAAGACCCCGAAAAAAGAUAAAAAAGUUUCAGUUCGUUCGGAGGAAGAAAAGAAAAGUACCACAAAGAGGAGCGGGGAAAAGGGAAACCAACAACCAGUCGUGACCGCGAGUGCGUCCUUGGUUGCCGAGUGGGUUCCGUUGCAAGAGACGCUAGACGAGAUGCUUCUGGAUACGCUUUCGCACGCACCUGCCGAGGCCUUGCGGGACCCAGUUAUUCUGCAGAUCGGAGCCUUGGUCGGUACGAAGGUUGGGGAAGUAACCGCGAUGCUCACGCCCGGGACGCCGGCUGGUCUUUUCGCGGCGUUGGCGGGCAACUUCGGGACAGUGGCAUUCUUGCGCGGAGAAAAGAUCGCCGGACAUCUCUCUGAGCUUAUCACAAAAGUAUUCCGCGAAGUUGCGCGCUGCAUGCUGCAGUGGGUGAAAGGUUUUCUGAUGAAGAAGGCCGGCAAGGCCGAAACAACCAAAGUGGACCCUUUUCGGCUUGAUGGCUGCAAACUCAAAUCGUCGAAGCAGCCGACUAGUGACGCUAGUACUACAUAA